AUAGGUAUUGCUUGAACAACAAUAAUUGACAAACUCAUAUACAGAGAAAAAAGUUGGAGACGUAUAAAUAAAAAUUUUACUGGAUAUUAUACGAAAAUGUGUAUAUAAAUGCACAGUAUCAAUGAGUUUAAAUUUCUUCUGAAUCUGGUGUUGAUGCCAGCAACUGUGAAGGCAUAAUGCAAAAAUCAAAAUCUUCAACAAAUGUUGGACAAUUUGUAUCAAAGAAGUUACUCAAAAGUCGGUCGAGAAGUCAAACAAGAUCAGCUGUGCAUUUACCAACAACAUACAAUCAUAAAUGGGCACCUUCGGAAAAAUUCGCUUGGACUUCUGAAAAUGGUGAUCGAAUUUGUAUCUUAGAUUCAGUUCUACGAAACCUCUCUGCAAUAGAAUCAAAAUACUUGCAGCAAGUGGCCCUACAGAAAAUAAACGAACUAAAUAUUGGUUUAGAUAUAGGUCCUGGUAGUUACAAUGGCAAUGGAGGAAAAAUUCAAAAACGUCAUGCAUUACAAAAAAAAAAGGCCUUGACAACAAAUUUGUUUGAUAUCGGUAAAAAGGAAGAUUCAUUACUGCAAACGGGAAUAUUUGGUAAUAAUCUAAACACUUGUGUUGCAAAUGACAGAAAACGUUCAAAAAACUUCUGUAUAGCAUUAGAAGGAGAAUCUGCUACUCUAAGUCGAUGUGGUGGUGAUGAUAACUCCAAUAAACUUAAUCCAAAUGUGCGGUCAUGUGAAAAUUUGCCUUCAAGCACAUUAUCGGUAACUAAUACAUCAGGUGAAAACUGCAAAGGUUUAAAAUCUGGUUCAAAAAUUGGAACGAACUACUUUGGUUAUUUGACGAAAUCGGCUUUAUCACGUAGUCAAAGUGAUAUGCGCAGAAAAAGUCAGGAGUUCGAUAAAAACCAUAGUUUAUCAUCGUCAACGGAGUUUUUUGUGACGCACGAUUUACAGGUCCCAACUUUUAUCACCUUAUGUAUUCAAUUUUUGGAAAUACAUGGUUUACAUCAAGUAGGACUUUUUCGAGUCAGUACAUCAAAAAAACGCGUUAUGCAAAUGAAGGAAGAAUUUGAUAAAAGGUUUGUGACUGAAAUUUCAGAAACAACAUGCCCCCAUGAUGUUGCGACGUUACUAAAGGAAUUUUUGCGAGAUUUAUCCGAACCUCUUUUAUGUGGACAUUUGUAUAAAGCGUUUCUAAAAACUCAAAAAAUAAGAAAUCGACGCCUACAGUUAGAGGCUAUAUCCCAUUUAAUUAAACUGUUACCAGAAACACAUAGGGACACAUUAUAUGUACUGCUUAAAUUUUUGGCAAAGGUUGCUACAUAUUCAGAUGACGUUCUUGACAAAGAGGGUAAUGUGCUUGUUUCUGGGAAUAAAAUGGAUAGCAAUAAUUUAGCCACUGUGUUUGCUCCUAAUAUAUUAAAAUCUACGUCUUUGACAGCGAACGUAACAGAACAAGAAGUAAUGGCAGAUGCUAUCAAUGUAGUAAGAAUAAUGAUUGAUCACUUUGAGGAACUUUUCCGGGUAUCUGCUGAAAUUCUAGACACUGUUUAUGCUAACAUAUUAGAUGAAUGUCCAGAGAAAUUAUUUGAAUUAUGUGAAUCCCGACUUUUAAUGUCCAAAAAGUUAAUUACAUUUUUAGAUAAUUAA